AUGGAGGCGAUCUGGCUGUACCAGUUCCGCCUGAUCGUCAUCGGCGACUCCACGGUGGGCAAGUCCUGCCUCAUCCGCCGCUUCACCGAGGGGCGCUUCGCCCAGAUCUCCGACCCCACCGUGGGCGUGGAUUUCUUCUCCAGGCUGGUGGAGAUCGAGCCUGGCAAGAGGAUCAAGCUGCAGAUCUGGGACACGGCCGGGCAGGAGCGAUUCCGGUCCAUCACCAGAGCCUACUACAGGAACUCGGUUGGAGGACUCCUCCUCUUUGACAUUACAAACCGCAGGUCUUUCCAGAACGUCCACGAGUGGCUGGAGGAGACCAAGGUGCAUGUCCAGCCAUACCAGAUCGUCUUUGUUCUGGUAGGUCACAAGUGUGACCUUGACACACAGCGGCAAGUGAGCAGGCACGAGGCAGAGAAACUGGCAGCUGCCUAUGGUAUGAAGUACAUUGAGACCUCAGCUCGGGAUGCCAUUAACGUGGAGAAGGCCUUCACUGAUCUGACUCGUGAUAUAUACGAGCUGGUGAAAAGGGGGGACAUUUCAAUCCAGGAGGGAUGGGAAGGGGUAAAGAGUGGGUUUGUCCCAAACGUAGUGCACUCUUCAGAAGAAGUGGUGAAAUCAGAUAGACGGUGCUUGUGCUGA